AUGGAAAGGGAACAUUCCAAGAAUUCUUAUAUUUAUGUAAACAGUGAAUAUGGAUUUGAACAUAAUAUAGUUAUUCCUUGUGAAGAUCCAAUAAGUGAAUUGGUACAUAUUAUGAUUUUAAAACAUAAUCUACCCAUUUAUGUUGAACUUGAAUUAAACCAAGAUGUAGAAAAGUUUAUUAAAGAAAGAAGUACGGAUUAUUUCAAUGAAGAAACUACCAAAAUGAUCGAAGAAGCGAAAGAAAAUAAAAUAAACUUGGAAGAAAUAACUAAAAAAUGGGAAAAGGUACUAAAAGAAGAAAUGGCUGAAUAUGGAGAAUGCAGAUGCGCUUCUGACGACGAGCUUUUCGCCACAGCUUACCACAAAAUGGUACAUUCACCGGCUUUGGAAACAAUGCUCCACUUGGAACAUAUGUACUCUCAAACAGUAAGACAAAAAACGGAAGAAAAAAAAUCUGUAAUUCAAGAACUAUCUGAAAGUCAAAAUAAAGAAAUGAAUAAUGCCGUAGAUAGAUUAGAAAAAGAUAUGACUGAAACUAAAAUAAAUGAGUUAGUAGCAAGACACUAUGAAACACACUCAUUGAUGCAGGGAAAAUUAAAUAGUGAAUUGGAUACCCUUAAGGAAGCUCAGAGGAGAGAAUACAGAGACUGGAUAAUGCAGAUGCUGGAACAAAAUCAAACUACUAGCUCUCUACGUACACCUAAUUCUCCAUUGACUCCUCCUGAUGUGAUGAUACCCACUCACAGUUUAGAUCUUGAUAUUCAAGAUACUCCAAUGCUAGAAGAAAGUUUCACAAUACAUUUAGGUUCGCAACUGAAGCAGAUGCACAAUAUUAGAAUUCUGUCAGCAAAUGUUAUGGAUCUUUGUACAGUUGAAGAUGGCAAGCAGUCUUCUGAACCAAAGCCCCAACUGAUACAAACAGCUCUAGCUCUUUACUCUAAUGAUUUGUCUGGUUUAGUUCUAUUAGCUGAUAAUAAAAUUGGUUCAAGGGGGAUACAAGAGUUUCAGGAAGUGUGCCAGAAAUCCACAGAAUUUCAUUUUGCACAUAUUGAAGAUCAGCUAGAUAAAAUAUCCAACAUUGCCCAAAAAUACCUGAAAAGUGAUCACAAGAAUGAAAAUAGAAAUUCGCAUAGUGAACUACUUCAACCUGGUGAUUUUUACAUCACCAAGCAUUCAAAUUUAGCACAAGUUCAUGUAAUUUUCCACAUGGUAUCAGAUGAUUCUCUUAGAGGCAAUGAUAUUAAUAGUCGCCAUCCUGUAGUUUUAGGUUUAAGAAAUAUUCUUAGAACAGCUUGCUCCAAUGAUAUUACUUCUUUGACCAUUCCUUUGCUCUUACAGUAUGAAAUGACUGAAGAGAUGACAAUUUCUUGGUGUGAAAAAAGAGCAGAAUUGGUUUUUAAGUGUGUUAAAGGUUUCAUGAUUGAAAUGGCUUCAUGGGGUGGAUCAGAUUUGAAAAACUUGCAAUUCAUGGUCCCUCAAGGUAUUUCAAAUCAGGUGUUCCAGUCACUAACGGAUAUGUUGCCUAGAAUAUUUAAGGUAUCUAAUCCUAAAAUACUGCAGUAA